AUGAAAGAAGCAAUCAACCCACCAAAAUCAUCAACACCCAAAGCUUUCUUUCUCUCUCUAAUUCUCCUCUCUCUUUUCUACCUCGUCUUUCUCUCUCUACAAUCCAAACACCCCAACUCCGGCCACCGUACAAUCACCAUCAACGGCCUCAAGAUCCGACCCGGAUACACCUCUUACGACACCUACAUCCACCACCAGCUUCACAAAACCACCAACCCAAAACUCCGAAAAAUAUGGACCUCCAGGGAUUGGGACCGAAAGAUUCGGGUUUUCACCCAAUUUUUUCUCCAAUUAAAACAAGAAAAACUGCUCGCAAAUUCAUCAAAGGCUCUUUGUGUUGGAGCUCGGGUCGGGCAGGAAGUGGAGGCUUUGAAACAGGUCGGAGUUAAUGAUUCAAUCGGGUUGGAUCUUGUACCCUACCCGCCUAUUGUGAUCAAGGAUAAAUUCAUUGGAGAGAUUGAACGGACGUUGAAGCCUGGUGGAAUCUGUGUGUUACACGUGGCAAUUUCUAGACGGUCGGAUAAGUAUUCGGCUAAUGAUUUGUAUAGCAUUGAACCGUUGAAGAAGUUGUUUAACGGGUCGGAUCUUGUUCGGUCUAGAAAAGUUGACGGUUUCGGGUUGGAUACUGAGGUGGUGUUUAGGAAAAGAAAAUGA